GAAUGCAAAAUGGCGGCAUUUUAAGUUCAAUUUAUCACGAUUAGGUUGAGCUUGUCGGUUCUUUUUUAAGUAUAAGCCAACAAAUGUUUCCUUAAACGCAAAAUGAGUCGCAUUUUAUUUAUUUCGUUGCUACUUAUUGUAACGCAACUGGGCGAGUUGCAGGCUGCAGCAUUUUCUGUGCGCCAAAAUCGUUUUGAUGAAGUUUCUGAUUUGCAGACUCCUGCACCUGAGGCCACUUCCACUGAAUCUUCUAAGAAACCCGAAAAAGCUACCAGUGGUCUGCUGAAAAAAUGUCUUCCCUGCAGCGAUGGUAUUAGAUGCGUGCCCCAAAUCCAGUGUCCCGCCCACGUUCGCAUGGAAAGCCAUGAAAAGCCUCAGAUUUGCGAUCUCCCGGCUGGUAAAUUUGGUUACUGCUGCGAGACUGGACAGAAUCACACUGCUCCCAAGCCGGAGACCUCUUCCAAGGAACGCCGAUCCAGAUUUCCCACCAUUCUGUCACCCGCAGUUUUGGAUGAGGCGCGUCGCUACUUCGAGCACUUGAUGCAUGGAGUUGCGCAGAUUCCGGUGCGCCGUGGCUUUCCGGACUUUGCCCAUGGCCUGGUUUUCCACUCGACGGCCAAGGAUGACCUUCACAACUUCGCCAUUUCGAACAGUGCCAUUGAACAAGUGAUGACCACCCAGUUGUUUGGCAAGAAGGAGCAGGUGCCCGUCGAAGAUUUCAUCACCAACAAUGUGCCCAUCAAGUUCACUGAGACUCCGCUGGCACACCAUUGCCAACCGCCCCCAGUUUGCGGCAAUAUUCGUUCUAUUUAUCGCAGCAUGGAUGGCACUUGCAAUAAUCCAGAACCACAGAGAUCGCGGUGGGGUGCUGCUGGUCAACCAAUGGAGCGCAUGCUGCCCCCCGCCUAUGAAGAUGGUAUCUGGACACCGCGUGCUCACUCUUCUGACGGCACUCCGCUGUUGGGCGCCCGUAAAAUCUCACGAACUCUGCUCUCGGACGUUGAUCGUCCUCAUCCUAUGUACAAUCUCAUGGUGAUGCAGUUUGGACAGGUCUUGGCUCAUGACAUUUCACAAACUUCUUCGCUUCGUCUCGAGGAUGGCAGCCUAGUGCAAUGCUGUUCCCCCGAGGGAAAAGUAGCUCUCAGUCCCCAGCAAAGCCAUUUUGCUUGCAUGCCGAUCCACGUCGAGCCGGAUGAUGAGUUCUUUGCAGCUUUUGGUGUGCGUUGUUUGAACUUUGUUAGAUUGUCUCUGGUGCCUAGUCCCGACUGCCAACUCAGUUACGGCAAACAGCUGACCAAGGUGACACACUAUGUGGACGCCUCGCCGGUCUAUGGGUCGAGUGAUGAAGCAUCUCGUAGUUUGAGAGCUUUUCGCGGGGGCCGUCUGCGAAUGAUGAAUGAUUUCGGUCGUGAUCUGCUGCCCUUGACAAACGACAAGAAGGCAUGUCCCAGUGAGGAAGCCGGAAAGUCCUGUUUCCAUUCGGGAGAUGGCCGAACAAACCAGAUCAUAUCCCUGAUCACCCUUCAAAUUUUACUGGCCCGGGAGCACAACCGCGUAGCCGGUGCACUACACGAACUAAAUCCAUCAGCCAGCGAUGAAACGCUCUUCCAGGAAGCUCGACGCAUCGUCAUUGCCGAGAUGCAGCAUAUCACCUACAACGAGUUCUUGCCCAUUAUAAUUGGACCACAGCAGAUGAAGCGCUUCCGUUUGGUGCCGCUGCACCAGGGCUAUUCCCAUGACUACAAUGUUAAUGUGAAUCCAGCCACCACAAACGAAUUCUCGGGCGCUGCCUAUCGCAUGGGUCAUUCCAGUGUGGAUGGCAAGUUCCAAAUCCGGCAGGAACAUGGUCGCAUCGACGAAGUGGUCAAUAUACCAGAUGUGAUGUUCAAUCCUUCGCGGAUGCGCAAGCGCGAGUUUUACGACGACAUGCUGCGCACUCUAUACAGCCAACCCAUGCAGCAGGUGGACAGCUCAAUCAGCCAGGGACUCAGUCGCUUUCUGUUUCGCGGGGAUAAUCCGUUUGGCCUGGAUCUAGCUGCCAUUAAUAUUCAGCGAGGACGCGACCAGGGUCUGCGUAGCUACAACGAUUACUUGGAAUUGAUGGGUGCACCCAAACUGCAUAGCUUCGAGCAGUUCCCAAUUGAAAUUGCACAGAAGCUGUCGCGCGUUUACCGCACUCCCGACGACAUUGACCUCUGGGUGGGUGGCCUGCUGGAGAAGGCAGUCGAGGGUGGUGUUGUGGGAGUGACCUUUGCUGAGAUCAUAGCCGAUCAGUUUGCACGCUUCAAGCAGGGCGAUCGCUACUACUAUGAGUACGACAAUGGUAUCAAUCCUGGCGCAUUCAACCCUCUGCAGCUGCAGGAAAUUCGCAAGGUAACGUUGGCCCGCCUCCUUUGCGACAACUCCGAUCGCCUUACGCUCCAAGCUGUGCCAUUGGCCGCAUUCGUACGUGCCGAUCAUCCGGGCAACCAAAUGAUUGGCUGUGAUGAUCCCAACCUGCCUUCUGUUAACUUGGAGGCAUGGCGUGCUUGAGGCACUUUUUUUAUUCCACUUUUAAUUUAUUUAUCGAUUUUUUAAACUGCAUUUAUAUAUGCGAAUGUGCCGCCGAAUUGUAUAUCCCCGUUUUAUAUAACUGCGGCUUAACACAGAAACCAAAAUAAAACUGCGAUCCAUUAAGCUGAUUUUCAUUGCUAA